CUUCAGAAAAAAGAAAAUCUUCAAAGUCGUUGUUCUGUUCAAGGAUUUCACCUUUCUCUUGGAUAUCAAUGGAGAUUAAAGAAAAAAAAUGGAUGAAAAGGUCAUCAUCAACAUCAUCAAUAAUCUAUAUUGAAGAAAAUGAGAGGAAAGAGAAGGAUCCCUUUGUUCCAUGGUUGGAGAGGUCUUGGUCAAUGCCAUCAGAGGCUGUGAUGAUGAAGUGUAGGGACAUGCACAUGACUGCCAAAAUAUUACUACUCCACGAGCAGAACAGGCGUGGAGCCGCCGCACCCAGUGUUUUGCCGUCGUCAGCUCAUGUCAUUGACCGUGUCAAAAAGCUGCUUGCGACUCCUAAUGGGGAUUCAAGGCAUGAGGGAGAAUCUAGUUCCAAAAUAAAGACAUCACCAUCAGGUAUUAAAGGAUAUGAUCCCAAAAAAUCAUCAAAACAACCAACUCUUCAGAAAAUGUCUUCUUCAGCCAAAAGGCUCAAGGCAAAGAAGAAUCAAUCAUCGUGCGUCAAAGGUGAUAAUAACAAAAAUAAUAAUGAUGAUGCAAUGGAGAUUCUGAGACAUAUUCCAAGUGUGAGUACAAGAGGAGAUGGGCCAAGUGGGAAGAGAAUAGAAGGGAUACUGUACAAGUAUAACAGAGGACAAGUGUGUAUUGUGUGUGUCUGCCAUGGAAGAUUUCUCUCUCCAUCAGAGUUUGUCAUGCAUGCUGGUGGAAACCAAGUAGACAAUCCCAUGAAACACAUCACUGUCUCUUCUAAUAACUCAAUCUAACAAGGAAUUAUGCUCCUUAUUUUCUCAGUCACCUCUUUUAUAUACUAUAAGAGUAAGCACAAAAACUAAACUUUUGUUAGUUUUUGAAUCUACUUAUUUUGUCUUUUACAUGGAAUCAGUACUUGUUUUUGAAUCUACUUGUUUUGUCUUUUACAUGGAA